AAUUACAAAAUAGUAAUAAUGUUUAUGUCAAAAAUAUUUAGUGUCAUCAAAAGUGCUAAUCCAACAAGACCUGUUGUUAACCGGCUCUUUUCUACUGAUGUUCCUUCAACCGAAAAACCAGUUUAUGACAAGUUAUUUAAAAAACUUGAAAUUGAAGUCAAAGGAAAUGAUCCAGCUGUAUUAAAAAGUUAUGGAAUAUUUUCAACAACAGCAGCAUCACAUUUGGGAAUAACUGUUGGCAGAAACGUUGCUCCAAAUAAACCAAAUUUUUAUCGUUGGACAGUAUUAAAAUCAGCUCAUGUUCACAAAAAACAUCGUGUACAAUAUGAAAUGAGAACACAUUUUAGAUAUCUUGAUUUCUUCAGAUUAACCCAAUCAACUGCUGAUACAUUUCUUGAAUAUUUACAAAGAAAUUUGCCAGAAGGUGUUGCCAUGAAAGUCACAAAGGUUGAAAUCCAAAGAUUACCAGAAUCAAUAUGUGUACCACCAAGUUAAUUAAAAACUAAAUAAAUAUUUGUUAUAAAAUGACGUGUCACACUGGUAGUAAUAAGUUAAAAAUAAUAAAAUAAAUUUACUACAACAAAAAUUUUAUAUUUUCUUUAGACCCAUUAUA